GAAGUUUUGUAGCGGUUAAGGUGGUGUUGUGUAUAUAAUUUUACUAGAUCAUAUAAUUAAGAUGUGGUGAAAGUGUCAAAUGCUUCCAAACACGAAUUGUAAAUACUGGAAUGUAGGUCUGUGUUACAUCUUGAAGAGUUAGAAUAUUCGUAAAUGGGAUGAAUGAAGAGGAUCUUCUUAAAAGGUCAGCUGAAGAGCGAGAAAAAAUAUUUAAGAGGUAUGAGCAAGGUAGAGAAGGAGCAGAAAUUGAUCCUUGGGAAGACCCUGGUUUUGAGGUCUAUCAUACCACUGACAGAUAUGGCUUUAUUCAUGAUAAACGGUUACCAUCGAAAGUGGAUCCACAAGAAGCCAAGAGACUUCAGAUUGAAGUAGAAAGGCAGAAAAAAUGGCUGAAAAUGCUCAAGAAUUGGGAUAGUCCUGCAAGUAAAGAAAAAGUACAUUCUAGAGUUUAUAAAGGUAUCCCCAAUUCUCUUAGAACUGAAGCUUGGUGCAAAUUAUUAGAGGUAGAUAAAAUAAAAAAGGCUAAUAAAAACAAAUAUGUAGAAAUGAUGGGAUUAGCCAGAAAAUACUCUACAGAUGCCAGACAAAUAGAUUCAGAUGUAAAUAGACAAUUCCGAGAACAUUUACAUUAUAGAGAAAGAUAUAGUAUCAAACAGCAAUCUUUAUUUAAUGUUCUAACAGCUUAUGCUAUGUAUAAUUCCGAAGUAGGUUAUUGUCAAGGUAUGUCAGGCAUCGCAGGUGUUUUACUGAUGUACAUGGAUGAAGAAGAUGCUUUUUGGGCUGUGCAUAUCUUACUAACAAAUCCCAAGUUUGCAAUGCAUGGGCUAUAUAAGGAGGGGUUUCCCAAAUUAACUAGAUUCUUAGCCCAUCACGAUAGGAUAUUAACCAAAUUGUUACCGAAAAUUAAAAAACAUUUUGAUAAACAUGGUCUGGAUGCUAUUUUAUACUCAUUAAAAUGGUUUUUUGUUUGUUUUAUAGAACGGGUUCCGUUUAAUCUAUGCCUACGAAUAUGGGAUAUUUAUUUAUUGGAUGGCGAGAGAGUAAUAACUGCGAUGGCCUACACAAUACUCAAACUACAUAAAAGGCCCUUACUCAAACUGUCGGAUAUGGACUCAAUUGUAAAUUAUAUUCAGGUUAAAUUGUACAAAGACUUUCAAUACGACGAAGACUCAGUGAUCCGCCAUCUCGAAACGUCUAUGGAGGAACUAAAGAGACACAAACUCGACCUCCCUGGUCCUCCUACCAAAGACGAACUGCCGGGAGGCGAAUUCGGUUUAUUUAAACCGCCUACAUUCGAACAAAUAGUUGGAAUACGAAAAGAUCAAUUUACCAACGAAGAGAAACAAAUGAACGAAAUAGUUUUGUUGACCAGUGAGGCGGCUAAGGAGGCUGUGGACAAGGACGUGGACUGUCAGCUGUCAGUUGCCGAUUCGGUCGGAUUUACAGGUACCGAUACCGAAAAUACUAGUACACUCGGUAGUAGCACUUCGUUGGCUAGCAAUAGUAAGACUAGUGUGACCAAUAGCGUUGAUAGUAGCAUCGAUGAAUGCACAAGGCUUUGA